CCUCUCUUCAACUCACCUUGCUAUAAAUAGACCAAUUUAUUUCUUGUUCCUCCACUGCACCAAAAAGCUCCACAAUCAGAGGACCAUUAGCUAUACAUUAAUCAGAUAACUAGACAACAAACAUGGCCGAGUCAACACGUGAAGAAAAUGUGUACAUGGCCAAGCUAGCUGAGCAGGCUGAGCGGUAUGAAGAAAUGGUUGAGUUUAUGGAGAAGGUCGCAAAGACAGUAGAUGUUGAAGAACUGACCGUGGAGGAAAGGAAUCUUCUUUCUGUGGCUUACAAGAAUGUGAUUGGUGCGAGAAGGGCUUCAUGGAGGAUAAUCUCUUCAAUUGAGCAGAAAGAGGAAAGCCGUGGAAAUGAAGACCAUGUUAGCAGCAUUAAAGAAUACAGAGGCAAAAUUGAGGCUGAACUCAGCAAGAUAUGUGAUGGGAUUUUGAACCUCCUUGAGUCCCAUUUAAUACCAGUUGCCUCAACAGCCGAGUCUAAAGUGUUUUACUUGAAGAUGAAAGGUGAUUAUCACAGGUACUUGGCUGAGUUUAAGACAGGGGCAGAAAGGAAAGAAGCCGCAGAGAACACUUUAUUAGCCUACAAGUCUGCUCAGGAUAUUGCUUUGGCUGAACUGGCUCCUACUCACCCAAUCAGGCUGGGACUUGCCCUUAACUUUUCAGUGUUCUAUUAUGAAAUUCUCAACUCGUCGGAUCGUGCUUGUAACCUUGCAAAGCAGGCUUUUGAUGAUGCCAUUGCCGAGCUGGAUACACUGGGUGAGGAAUCUUACAAGGACAGUACAUUGAUUAUGCAGCUUCUCCGAGACAAUCUUACACUUUGGACGUCUGAUACCACGGAUGAUGCCGGGGAUGAGAUCAAGGAAGCUUCAAAACGCGAGUCAGGCGACGGAGAGCAGUAACGACAUAGCAUCAUAGUCGCCUAUAUUUGAUUUUAAUAUAGGACUACUUUGUGAAAGCUAGACUGGAUAUGGAUAUUUCAAUGAUUCUUCGUAUCACUGCUGAAAUGGUUUGAUAUAAAAACAUGUUUUAGUACGAGGUGAAAUUUAGUCAUGCCAUUGAUGUAUUGGCUUAUAUUUCUAGUUUCAAUUGCAUAUGUUGUUGACUGUUGAGCUUUGUAUUUUCAAGUCAUUCAAUAAUUCAAUAGUUCCCAAAUCAAUUAUCUUGCAA